AUGGUCUUAUCAAAACGAUGGUGUUUUCUCUGGACGGUGGUGCCUAAACUCGAGUACAAAUACACCGAUGAUGAUGGAUGCGAAAGCGUUUGGAAGUUUCUUGAAAAGUCAUUGGAACUUCACAAAGCACCUUUCUUAGAAACUUUGUGUAUCCAAAUCGGUCAAAGGUUUCUUGUUAAUGCAGAUUUUAGAAAAUGGGUUGCAAAUGCGGUUGAUCGCUUGGUGCGCAAGCUAGACUUAGAGCUUCUUUGGACAGCAGAGCCUAUUAGCUUACCUAAGAGCCUUUACACCAGCAAAACGCUUGUGGGGUUGACACUUUCCAACAAGAUCCUGGUGGAUGUUCCUCCCUCAGCUUGCCUCCCCUCUAUCAAAAUAUUGCGGCUUAUCUUGGUUGUUUACAAAGACGAAUAUUCACUUGUCAAGCUAUUACCAAGUUGCUCAGUUCUUGCUCGAUCGAUAGUGUACCUCGGUAUCACGGAUAGGAAGAGAGACCCUCUCCCGACGUGGAAUAUGUUUCGUUAUGAUAAGCCACAUAUCUUUGUUCUUUGUCAUGCUCAUGACAAGUUUCACAGAUGUAUUUCCUUGCUCACUAAUCUCGGUUUACUUUUGAACGAUCCCAAGGUUCUGGAUUUUAGUGGCAAUGCCUUCUCUCGGCUUCAAUGGUUCAUACUAUAUGCGUCAGGGCAUUUCUGGUUGGAUCUAAUAUUCCACUAAUUCUCAACAAGUCUCCUAAACUACAGAUUCUACAAAUCCGUUCUGUAAGAGGAUAUCAGCCCGGUAAUCUCCCCAUGUCAUGGAACCAAACUAGUUUUGUUCCCAGAUGCUUGUCUACCAGUAUAGAGUUCUUUGAGUGGAAUAAAUAUAGCGGGAGUGAAGAAGAGAAAGAGCUCAUGAGAUACAUACUUGCAAACUCCAAGUGUCUAAAGAAAGUAACAAUCACUUUGGUAUCAACCUUCAAUCUUGACGAGAAAGAGAUGAUGGUAAAGGAGCUAAAAUCUAUUUCUAGAGCUAGUUUCAACAUUGUCUCAGCUUCUUUUUUAAUGAAAAUAAAA